AUGGCCUCGGACCCCCGGCACCCCGGCACGGGGACACAGGGGGACAAAGGCGGCGGCGGCGGCGGCCUCCCGCGGGAGCCCCCCGAACCCCCGUACGACCGCAAGCGGCGGCACCAGGAGGACUCCGGCUCCGAGCCCAGCGACUACGAGGAGCAGAAGGAGGAGGAGGAAGCUCGGAAAGUCAAGAGCGGCAUCCGCCAGCUUCGCCUUUUCAGCGCCGAGGAGUGCGCCAAGAUCGAGGCGCGCAUCGAGGACGUGGUGUCCCGGGCGGAGAAGGGGCUCUACAAGGAGCACACGGUGGAUCGGGCGCCGCUGCGGAACAAGUAUUUUUUCGGGGAGGGAUACACCUACGGGUCUCAGCUGCAGCGGCGGGGCCCCGGCCAGGAGCGCCUGUACCCGCGGGGGGAGGUGGACGCCAUCCCCGAGUGGGUGCACGACCUGGUGAUCAGGAAGCUGGUGGAGCACCGGGUGAUCCCCGAGGGCUUUGUGAACAGUGCCGUCAUCAACGACUACCAGCCGGGGGGCUGCAUUGUCUCCCACGUGGACCCCAUCCAUAUCUUUGAGAGGCCCAUCGUCUCCGUGUCCUUCUUCAGCGACUCGGCGCUCUGCUUCGGGUGUAAAUUCCAGUUCAAGCCCAUCAGGGUGUCGGAGCCCGUCCUGUUCCUGCCCGUGAAGAGGGGGAGCGUCACGGUGCUCAGUGGGUAUGCGGCCGACGAAAUCACACACUGCAUUCGACCACAGGACAUCAAGGAGAGGAGAGCUGUCAUCAUCCUCAGAAAAACAAGAGUAGAUGCACCUCGAUUGGAAACAAAAUCCCUGAGUAGCUCUGUGUUGCCACCAGGUUAUAACUCUGACCGCCUGUCAGGAAGCAACCGGGACCAGAUCCUGAAACCAAAGCGGUCCCAUCGCAAAGCAGAUCCUGAUGCUGCCCACAGGCCACGGAUCCUAGAAAUGGAUAAGGAGGAGAACAGGCGCUCAGUCCUCUUACCAAAACAUAGGAGAAGGAGCAACUUCAGCUCUGAGAACUAUUGGCGAAGGUCUUACGAGUACACAGAGGACUGUGACGAGGAGGAGGAGGAUGGCAGCCCCGCCAGGAAAGUCAAAAUGAGGCGGCACUGAGGAUUGCACUUCCCAGGCUCGUGGAGCUGAUGAGAUUGGCCUCCAGUCUGUGAAAACUUUCUCCUCCCUCUGGCUAUCUUCCAUCUCGCUUCAGUUUUGGUUUUUCCUUUCAGGCUGAAGAGUAAACAGGAAGGAUUUGGUUUUAUGAAUGGAGAAAUGCUGAGACAUACGUGAGGAUGGAACAUGCCCAGUGCACAUGGUGUCCUGAGUCAUGGGUCAAAUGGGCAUCUCUCUCUUAGGAAGCGGAUAAAGUUAUGCCAGGUUGUCUGUUGGGAUUUCUUUUGAAAACACCAAAAAGUUUAACUGUUU